AUCCGAGUUGCGCUGGGGAGAGCGUCUCACGAACCGUUGUAAGCGUCCUAAGGUCCGAUCAGUACAUAAAAUAAAAGAGAAUUUCUUCUUCCUUCUUUUCUCUCCAAACGCGGAGCAGUCUUCUUUUAGUUGAGUGGAAACCUUUGCCUGGCACGAACCGAGACAAACCACAGCACACUUUUGUGCACAAAAUCCAUACAACUAAACUUUAUAAAUCAAGAAAAACUCCGAUCCGGGCAUUUACUUGUUUUCUCUAAAAAAAACGAGGUCCUUUAUUAAGUAGAGCUGAAAGUUUUCCGAAAAAAUAAACAAAUUAGGCAAAAAACCAAGAAAAAUAUUCGAAUUUGGGAAAGUGAGAUUUUUUUUGACAGAGUGAAAGCCUAGUGAAAAUAUUACUCUGGUGUCAAACCGUCAAUUGAAUUCGCAUCUCGGAAGUGAAGAACACAAAUAAGUUAACUUCUCCUUUUAUACACGGGAUUAGAACAGAAUUCGCCUUUUACAAGGGCCCCGUGUCGUGAAUACGAAAUCGGAAGUAGGACCAUUUUACGAUCCGAUCUAAAACACUAAAGUCUACCAAACUGUCAAUUUUCUCCCGGUUUUCUACCUGCCCCUCUCGUUCCCUGGGAUUGAUUUAUCCUCAACCUCUGAUCUCCGAAAAAUAGAGAAAGAAAAUAACACUUUCCUCAGAUUUAAAGAGAUUCUCAACCACAAACAAAAAUACAUAACGAAACAAUAAAUCUGUAAGUGAGUGAGCACGCAUUUUGCAUUAGUUCGAGUGAGUGAGUGACAACUUUGUGCACUUUUACUAGGGCGAAUAUUUUAUGCCCGGGUGUCAAACCAGGGUUGAAAUGUCAUCUGUCAUCAUAAUUCGUUAAAAAAGUAUCAGUAUCACGACGGCGAGGAAGAAAAAAAUACGUAAACAGUUCAAUUUCAACAUUUGCAAAUGUUUAUAGCCUCGUGAAACAUAUGUGAUGAGGCUGCGUUAGUGUAUUACUGACUCGAAAUCUUCACCUUUUUUCACCCUGUGCAGACCUUGGGUGGGUCAUAAAGCUCGUAAAAACAAACUUGAAAAAAGUUAAAAAUCCAAUCCAUCCAACAUUUGUUUCACAUUAGGUUUUAAGCCUAACCAAAAUAGAUAAAACUGUGUGUAGCAAUAUUAUUAACGUCAAACUCACUUGUCUGUCAGAAAAAUUGUAAAACUUGUGUUGUUUCAAAAUUCUGUGCGUAAAGAAAAUAAGUUUUAUAUCUUUAGUCGUUAUUGAAAUUAGUGACAGAAGAGGAGAACUGUAUAAUUCGAGUGGAGAAGUUUAUUGAGUCUCAUUUUGUGUCGGAUAUAAUCAUCAGAUCGAGCGGAGUCGUUUUGAGGGUAAAAUUUCCACCAUUUCCACCGCUCCGAAUUAUGCGUGACGAGUGCGAGUAAGAAUUUAAGAAGUGGAUCACGAAGGUAUUUUACCAUUAAAAACAAGCACCAACUGCCGUCGUGGUGAACUAAGUCGUUGACUGUGGACGUCGUCCGUGUCUAUCAAAUCACCGGCGCCGUGGAGCAGUGUCAAGAAAUAAAGAGCAAGGAGAACAAAGGCCCGACUCGUGUACUUUACGGAAAAAGGAUGCGGUUUUCGAGAAAGUUGCGAGUCACGUUCUUCUCAUUUGAGUCCUCAUUUGGACUCCUUUUGUUGGUCAAUCUCACACUUUUGUGGGGGCAUGGAGCAGUCGUCUCCGGUCUCGCUGUACCCGCGACGGAUUCUCACACCAAUCUUUCCGGUACGAUACCCGUCGUAAGUCCGUCGGCACAGGUGGCACUGGCCGCCACGACGACGACGGCGACAAACCACUCGAUACCCGCGUCACACCCAGCGGUCGAUGUGCAUUUCGAACACGUCGCGACGACCGGACCUCCAUCGACGACACAUCCCGGUGACGAAUAUCAGAACGACCAAGGCCACCACAACCACUACAAUUCCCACACUUACCAACAUGACGGAGCCCACUUUGCCGGUGCUUCUGCGAGCAGUUUGAUAAGUCGUGACAAUUGCAAUCUUCCGAGUCACUGGAAAGGCGAAUGGUUUCAAUCCGGCGUGGUUUCACCCAUCAUGAUCGACCACAAGAGCAUGGGCGACAAGGGGACUUGCAUUGAACGAUCUGGCGACAAAUUUCUCUUCUACGAAAAAGCAACCAACUGUUACCGCUGUUUGGUGAUACAAUCCCGACAAAAUUCUAACCAGCAAUCCUCCAACGUGCUGCAAUACAAAGAAAGCCCAGAUUGUGAAGACAACAGGGACAGUUUGGAUCAUUUGUGUAUGCUCAUUCCUGGAGAUGCCACCCUUUACUCGCUCUUUCGUAUUGAUGCUCAACCAGAGGACUGCCCCUUCAAGGGUGCGCCUUACACUUUCACGUACAAUCGGGGUCACGGCGAGUGUAAAAAUCCCGUCUCGUACAUCGACACGUGCACUGAACCGUCUCGACUCCGAUUGCGAUAUGAAUCCUGUCCUGACAUUAUGAAAACGGAAAGCACAGUGGAGGAACUGACCUGUCUGGGCGUGUGGAAGGACGGCAGCAUGAACUACGGGCUGGGCAGGUUGCGGCUUUUUGGGAGGACCAGCACCAACGAGGAGGCCUACCGCUGCUUCAUCUUUGAAAAGACAAAGACGGGUCAUAACGGAUACAACGUGGCGAUUUCGGGAGAUGCGACCUGCACCGGCGUUUCUAGUGCGACCGAGGGUGCGAGGGCUCUCGUCCUCACGAAAGUGGUGGAGAAGGAGCUUGUAAAGUGCACAUUUCCACCUUGGAUGUCCUCCCAUCAUUGGCACACGCUGGAUGGAAAAAUGUCAGCCAAGCUGCACCACAGAAAUUCAACGAUGCACAUCACGGAAGAUAGCAGAAGGAACUCAUCAUCCGGCCAGUAUUCCGGCCAUUCUUCCUCCUCCGCGACACAUACCGGAACUUUCACUGGGUUUGGAAGUGUUAGCGGGGCUGGUGGCGGACCUCUUUUCAGUGGUGGGACGAGAAUUGUUUGCCAAGACCGUAAAGACAUAUCCGACCGUCAUGUGGCCAUUGUUGCCCAUCACACGGAAGGAUGCAAAAGCGAGUCGAUUUGCAUGCACAUCUAUCGGAGGGACAAUCAUGUAACGGAAGUGCAAAUGUUGAGAAAAUCUGAUCACGGAAUGGAAGACUCGGAUUGCUUCAAGAGUGACGCGCUGGGUCCAACGCUGCCAUAUGUGACGCUGGUUAACCCGGAUGCGAAGGCGCAUAGGUGCCCCAAUUUGGGCAAGUACAUGGCAGCCGGAGGAUCUCCUGAUACGCGGAGGGUGGUUCGAGACUCGUGUGGUCCUUCGGGAGGUCAAGGGGCCUUCCACAGCGUCGUUGUCGGCUGUGGAAACAGAGCCACGAUGGAGUUUCAUUCGAAAUGUGAUCGACAAGAUCCCAUCACGUCGUACGAGUGCCACGGAAGUUGGGAAGAGAACGGGACGGGGUACUUGAUUGCGUCACCGCUGAGCCGCUCUUCAACAUCCGCCCGUCGCUACUGCUUCAUUUAUUCAGAGGCUGAUGAAGGUCUCCGAGUCUCGAGUAGCAGUGAGACCUGUCGUCGAAAUGUCAGUCCGGGCGUGGAGGCUGGAGUUUGGGCCUUCAACCUCACUGUCGACGGCCAAUGCGCCGAAGCAGUGACCGGUGCGUCAGCAUCCUUCCCAAAAUCCUGUGAUCUCUUAAUCUCCAUCGGUGUAUUAUCAUCCGUGAUACUCGUCACAGUUUCCAACUUUUUCCUAGUCUCGUCGUCACCUUCAAACAGACCCAGCUCCACCGUUCUGAGAUGAAUCCUCCACCGCAUUGACCAAAAGUAAUUAUAAGAUUGAUUCUAAAUAUGUAUGUAAAAAUAAAUAAAUAGGAAAAAGAAAGUUAUCCAAAAAAUAAUCAUAAAAAUUCGGGAGGAGAGUAACUCUGCAUAGUUUUCUGAUUCCUCCUCUCUCUCCGCCAUUCUCAUUCUUAAAUCGACCGAAUAUUACUGUGGAUUGUAUAUUUAUAAACCGAGUUUAGGACAAGAUUUCAUAUAAAUGUAUGUAAAUAUUUAAUAUUUAAUUAUAUAUGUAUGAUGCUUAAUUUGUAAUGAUUAAGGGGUGACGAGUGCAGCAACCAUUUGAACCGUUUGUAUUUCUUGUAAAACUUUAUAACGUAGUGAGUUUUGUAAAUAUUAGUCAAAUAUUUAACUGGAUACAUAAUUGAUUGAUGACUUUAUAGAGAAGCAUUCGAAUCUACUUUACUUGUAAUCAUGCACUUUGUUAUUACGUUAAAAAAAUACCAUACGAAAAAUAUGCGGACAAGGGUUUGACGAUAUGUGAUAGAGGUUUUUUUAUAUACCAAACAAAAGCAUGCCCAAAAUUUCGCCCCAAUGUCAAAAAACGGAUAAUGUCGAAUUAUAAUUAGUAUAAAAAAUACAAGAAGAACACAAAAUUUCGUAUUUAAAUGGUGUCUUGAACCUGCUACUUAUGUAUGCAUAACAUAACUUAACUUAUGUAUGUAUCUAUUGUGUAUAACUAAUUGACCCGACUGUUCAUUAAUAGUCAUACGUAUGUAUUCUAUCAACAAGUGUGUGCUAUUCUCAUAUUAAUUAAAUUAGCUGAAUGGAUUAAUUGUGCGUGUGUAUGUAGAAGAAAAGCCAGCCAAUCAUCUGCCAGAUUUCUUACUUCUGGUGGAUCAUUGUCCUACAUGAUUAUGUAAUUAAGGGGACUAAUUUAUGUGGAUCGGAUUAAUCAGGAAGUGCUACUUAAGUUUAAUAGUUUUAGGAGGCGGACGCACGCAGUUAAGUAAAUAAUUUAAUUUAUUUGGUAAUCAUCCCCACUCACUGGACUGACUGAAAUUUAACUAAAUGUUCACGUUAACGCACGCACUGACAUUUCUGUUGGUUGUUGGUUAUGAAAUAAUGAAGACUUUACAGUAUUUGACAUUUAUGCAUCUGUUUCAGUUCUGUAACUAACUUUACUCCCAAUGAAACAGUUGUAAACUCGGAAACUUUCGCAUUUUUCAAAACUUUUGUAUAAAAUAUUUAUGAAUGGAUGAUCCGUUGUAUUAUUAAAUUUAAUGGGGAGGAAUCUCAUCGGUCCGUAUUUACUGGAUAAUUAGUUUAUUCAUUAAUUAAUUUAUAUGUUAAAGGAAAGAUAACCGUAAAUUCUAGUGUAAUUAAUAAUAUUUAAUAUGUAUAUAAACAUGACACAAGCUUUAACACUUGUAAUUUGCAUAAUUAUGUAUGUAUGUACCAGGAAAGGAUUAAUGUUAACCUCCGCGCAACAGCUUUUUUCCAAUUUGGAAAUACAUAAUUUGUUUUUAAGACCAGUUGAAUUAUAUUAAAAAUAAAAUAAAGCUACUAAAAAAGAAAAAA